AUGCUGCGGUGGCUGCUGCACACGUACCAUCACACCGACAACGAGUUGGAUAUUUGGCCGCUGGUGGAUCUUGAGGGGCUUCACGCCGCGCUGAAGACGGUGGUGUCGCCGCACGCCUCGCAGCAAGCGCAGCGCACAUAUCUAGUGCCGCUGACCGAGGUGUUUGUGCUGGCGCGGCAGGGACCGGUGCCGUUGAAGAAUCAGCUGCGUUCGAUGCUGUUUUGGAACGGGGGCGAGUCGAGCGACUCGGGCGCAGGCGCGGAAUCUGUGCCGCAGGCGUUGCGGCGGCUUUCGAGGGGAGCGUCGGCGGAGUUGCCGCGACCGCUACGUGACUUGGACGCAGUUUUGGCCUAA